AUGAUCAUUAGAGGAGAUAUUUCAGAAGAAGAAUAUAGCGGCAAUGCUUCAUUACUUAAUAUUACUAUUCUUGAAUGUAGUUCAAUCGGAAAUGGAGCUUUUGCAUAUUGUUACAAUCUUGAAGAAGUUAGGAUUUCUGGUUCCUUAACAAAUAUUAGCGCCGGAUGCUUUUACGAUUGUCAUAAUCUCCAAAAGGUCCAGUUACCAAAUAAUAUCAAGUUUAUUCAAAAUCAUGCAUUUCAUUAUUGCGGAAACCUUCAACAAAUCAAUUUUCCGGAUGCAUUAGAAGAAAUAGAAGAUUAUGCAUUCAUUCAAUGCAAUAUUAGUUUACCAAAAUUCAAUAAAAAACUCAAAAAAAUCGAUUAUUCUUGCUUUCAAUACUGUUACAUGAUAGAAGAAAUAAAGUUAUUCGAGGAAAUAGAGCAUAUAGAUCAUCUUGCGUUUUGUUAUUGCACAAACUUACUCACUUUUUCAUGUAAUUCCAAUAAAAUUACUUUUAUUGGUUCCGGUUUAUUUCAAUAUUGUUUCCAAUUAAGAGAAGUUCAUUUUGCGAAAACAUUUCAAGUAAUACCACCUUAUUUCUUUAGGGAAUGUGAAAAUCUUGUUUCAUUUAAUUUAGAUGACAAAAUCACUAAAAUUGAAUCCGGAGCAUUUUAUAAUUGUGUUAGUUUCCCUCCAUUUAAUUUUCCGGAAACUUUAAAAGAAAUUGGAGACAGCACAUUUUUUAGUACAAGUUUUGAAACCGUUGUUAUUCCAAAAAAUGUAGUUUCUAUUGGGUAUUCUGCAUUUGCCUAUUGCACAAAAUUAAAAUCAUUUAUUUUUAAUAAUGAUUUUUUAGAGCUAAAUCACUCAAUAUUUUCAUAUACUUCUAGUCUAACAAAAAUAGUUCUGCCUCGAUCAAUAACACGUAUUCGAUAUAGUUGUUUUCAAUCAAGUGCAAUAACUGAAAUAACAUUGCCACCAAAUUUACAGGUUUUAGAUAGUGAUGUCUUCAAUAAUUGUUCAUGUUUGAAAAGUAUUAAUCUUCCAACCACUAUCACAUAUAUAGAUUCAUAUUGCUUUUUUAACUGCACAUUAAUUAAAGAAUUAAUAAUUUCAGCUAAAACUAGAAGUGGGAGCUCAUUUAAGGAUAUGAAAAGUUUAAGUAAAGUUGUAUUCACGGAAGGAGUUGAAACAAUAAAUGAUGAUGAGUUUGCUAAUUUUACAAGUCUUAAAGAAGUUCAGCUUCCAACAACUUUAAAAGAAAGUAAAGAUAAUUCAUUUUUAAAUACAAGUAUCAGAUCAAUUUAUUUACAUAAUAGAGUUAUUUCGAUAGGUAACUGUGCAUUUCUUUUUUGUAA